GCAUGGCCUGGUUUUGCAAAGUGGGGCAGCUGGUGUCCGAUUGAGGGGGAAAUUAUAUCUCUGCAUGUGCCGUGGUUAAGAUUCUUGUCUCCCUGGACCCAGUUUCGCCAUGGUAAGAUCCGUCACUCUCAUUCCUUUUUCUUUUCUUUUUCUUUCAUUUAUAUCUCACCUUCCUUCCCAAGCAUCAUACAGUUAUUUUUGUCUCCCUCCUGCAUUUUAUUCUCACAACAACCCUGUGUAGUAGGCUAGGCUGAGAACUAGGGGCGAUUUGAACCUGGGUCUCUCGCUCGCAAAGUGAGCCUAACAGGCCAGUCACUUUCUGUCAGCUUAACCUAUGCCACAGAGUUGCUGAGAGGAUAUAUAUAUAUAUAUAUAUAUAUAUAUAUAUAUAUGAAUGAUGGGGAACAAUGAAUACCACCUUAAGCUUUGUGGAGGAAAGGUGGGAUAUUAGCAUUAUAAAGAAAUAAAUGUGAAAUGAAAAACAGAGUAUUUUAUCUCCAUGCACCCUAGAAACACACUCAAUAAAGCUGAUGCAGUUUGUUUGUUAGUUUGAACAAUUUAUACAGCCAUCUUCAAAUAUUGAAAGAACUGUCACGUGGAAGAUGGAGCAAGCUUGUUUUCUCCUGCUCCAGAGGGUAGGAUCCAAAUUAGUGGCUUCAACUUACAAGAAAGGAGAAUCCGACUAAACAUCAGAAAUAACUUUAUGACAGUUAAGAGCUGCUCAACAGUGGGACAGACUCCCUCAGGAGGUUGUGGACUCUCCUUCCUUGCAGGUUUUUAGGCAGAGGUUGGAUAGCCAUCUGUCAUGGAUGCUCAAGUUGAGAUUCCUGCAUUGUAGCAGGAUUGGAUUACAAGUCAAUUGGCCUCCUCUUGUUCCUUGAUCUUCUUGACAUUUGGUGAUUUUUUUACUCUGUUGAUAUGCAAUCCCCUUAUCUUCUUCUGCGCCGCCGCCUCCUCUUCCUCUUCCUAUCUUGUCCUUCAUUGGACCAAAAAUAUACCCACCUAAGCUAAGAAGAUAAAAUCUCUGCUGGAUCAGACCAGAGGCCUAGCUAAUCUAGCAUCCUGUUUCCUACAGUGGUCAACCUCUGGAAGGCUUCAAGCAGGAUAUGGGGUCAAUAGCCGUCCCUGGAAGACUGUCAUGACUCAUAGCCAUCUAGCCAUCAAUAGCUUAUUCUCCAUGAAUUUGCCUUAUCUUCCCAUGCCAUCUAAACUUCCCAUGCCAUUUCACUAUUCUGACACACUUUCACAUCCCUCUCGAGACAACAAAAUUUUGGCACGUGUCUCAAGGUAAUGUGCAAAAUACAAUACAGCCGGGCUGGGGUGGGGGGACAGCUGAAAACAACAUAAAAAUAACAGCAGAUAAAAAUUAAUAAUAAUAAAAUAUUUCUACCCCAGCCACUCUGGGUGGCUUCCAACAUAUAGAGAAACAUAAUGAAACAUUUAAAAACUUCCCUAUACAGGGCUGUCUUCAGAUAUCUUCUAAAAGUCAGAUAGUAGUUUAUUUCCUUGAGAUCUGAUGGGAGGGUACCACUACCGAGAAGGCCCUCUGCCUGGUUCCCUGUUACCUCACUUCUUGCAGUGAGGGAACCGUCAGAAGGCCCUUGGCGCUGGACCUCAGUGUCUGGGCAGAAUGAUGGGGGUGGAGACGCUCUUUCAGAUAUACAGGACUGAGGCCAUUUGGGGCUUUAAAGGUCAGCACCAACACUUUGACUUAUGCUUGGAAACGUACUGGGAGCCAAUAUACGUCUUUCAGUAUGAAGUAGACACUCAUGGCAGAGUCCCAUCUAUUCAGCUGUGAAAGCUUGUUAGGAGAAAAAUAUCUUCCAUUGUUUCUGGAAAGCCAACUGUCCCAUUUUUAGUGGGACAACCUGUAUCCAAAAGCCAAUCCUGACUUCUGUUUCAAUCUCAGAAUGUCCUGUUUUUCAGUCAAAGAGACACUCACUCUUGCGAUUGUCAGCAGAGUCGCGCCAAAGCGCCUUCCUGUCCAGUGAUCUGGCGUGACUCUGCUGAAUGCCAGAGCGCUGGGCAAGAGCAUCAAGAGCGAGGGUGAGUGGCACAAGCAGUCAGUCAGUCAGAUACUGGAUGGGGAACAGCUAGGAGAAGAAACACUGGAAGAGAGAGGGUUAACAGAUUCACAGUCAUUGGACAGCAUUUAUCCACUCUUCUCAAGGUCAAGAAGAGCUCAGAAAGCCUCAGAACAGAAAAUGCAGAGGGUACAAACUCAGAUUACAAAACAUAGGAGUUACGUAGAUUAAUAGGGAUGGAGGGAGUGUAAGCCUUAAUUGUGAGCACCACCAUUCUGGGUAGACACUUCCUUUUGUCCUUUGCUGUGUUUAAUAAAGAAACUGGUAAAAAUUCCUUUUUGUUUGAUCUGCUCAUUUAUGGCCACAGGGGAGGAGGCUGAUUCCCCAAAGCCUGACACUCGUGCAUUAAAACCAGUUGAAUUUUUUCCUUAACUUUCCUGCCCCCUGAUGUGAUAUUUGUUGAUGACGUCUUCUCAGAAAUGCAUGUGUGACUUCCCUACCUGCAAUCUGUUUCAGGAUGCCAACAGCUCAGGGUCCUCAGCCAUCCCUGCUAUUGUGACUGACGCGCUCGCUAAUGGAGACCAACGAACGCCGUUAGAGACCAGAAGGCAGCUAGAAGCCGCCAGCAGCCCUCUGCCAUUAGACGCAGUUGCCAAAGAGGAGAAGGAUGAGCACAGAGAGGAGAAGGACGGCCAAGGAGCCAAGGAGCAGGAGCAGAAGAACGCCAAGCAGACCCAGGGAGCCGAUAGCGAAAUGGAGAAGAUGCGCUUAGACUUUGAGCUGACCCUUCUGAAGCGCCAGCACGAGGAGAACGACAAGCAGCGGCAACACGAGGAGAAGAUGGAGAACAUACGCCAGCACUUGCCGUGCAGAACACCUGGCCAAGGGGACGAGGAGCAGCUGGGGAGCAAGUUGGACCCCAUCACGGAAAUUGAGCUGGAGAAGAUGCGCAUGGAAUUUGAGCUGGCCAAGCUGAAGCAAAUCUCUGAGGAGAACGAGCGGCAGCGGCAGCACGAGCGGAAAAUGUACGAGGACAAGGAGAAGCAGCGGCAGCACGAGGAAACCAUGGAGAAGCUGCGCCUGCGGCAAGGAAAUAUCCGAGUGCUGGGCCCGAAGGCGACGGGGAGCAAGGCAGAAGCCGCAGCCGAGUCGUUUUCUGAGACCUUUGGUGAGGUGGGGAAGAUGAGGAUAGAGCUGCAGCUGGCCAUGGAAGUCUACUUGCCAGAUGUGACUGAAAAGAAGCCCCACUCUGAGCCUAGUGGGCAACAGGAAGGCCCGAAGCCUGAACAGCCGCUGGAGAAGAUCCUGGAGGCAGGAAGGCCGCCAGUGCCACCGGAACAGAAGACUGAAGAGGUGACUGAGCACCUGGGUCUGCAGGUGCCCCGCAUUGUGGUGAGUGGAGCAGAGUCGGAGUGGUCAAGCAGCAGAUUGGACUUAGCCAUCGAGACCGAGCUGGAAAAGAGGAGGAUGGAGUUUGAGCUGACGAGGCUCAAAUACGAGCACGAAGAGAACGAGAGGCAGCGGCAGCAUGAGGAGAAGAUGGAGCAGCUGCGUCAGCAGCAGGCGCCACCCAAGGAGGUAAAGGGGAUACUGGGAGGGAAGAAGGGAGGUUGUGGUCAUACCGGGUGGCAAGCCUUUUUCUAGCCCUCUUGUACGCAGAGACCCUUUUGCCUCUUACCUGCUCUUGUGGGGAGGACUGUAAAAUCCAAAUAAUGUCCUUUGACAAAUACAGGCUCCUCCAGAUGGGUGCUUUAUUGCAGGCGGAUUCCACAACAAGUUAUUGACACAGUGGCAGCUCCCAAGUGAUGGGUUUUAUCCUGCUCUAGUUUGUUUUCUGAUGUUCCCACAGUGCUGCCACUUUAUUUCAGUCUGGAGGGACUAUAGCAUGACAAAAGCCAGACAGAAAUAAAGCAGAACGCUUGCGCUAUAUAAAAAAGUUACGGGACGUGAGCAGGAAGCUGAGGGAUCGGCACUAAUUUGAAAUGAACCAAUGCGACCGCUUGGAAAUUUUUGUAGACACAAACAGUAUUGAAAGCAGGGUCUGUGUGACCAUCCCAAUAGCAUCAUGAGCACAAAUCAUCACGAAUGUGCAAUAAAAAAAAGACAUCUGGAUGGGUCUCCGGUUAACACAGCCUUUUCCUCUGGUUUUUACUAUAAUUUGACCUGUAUUUUAUGGCAUUGCUUUUAUAUUUUUAUAGAUGUACGCUGCCCUCAGACCUUAUUGGCAAAUGGUAGUAUAUAGUACUGAUUUAAAAAAUUAACUAUAAUCCCACACACACCACAGAAAUGAGAGAAAAUGGGAAGAUGAGAUAAUGAGUGUUGGAGGUAGUUUGAUGGUACUGCCUUCCAAGUUUACAUUUUUCUGUUCCGGGGUAGUUGGGCAACAUUUGGAGGAACCCGGGGUUCCUACCCCUGCUGUAGGGCCUAUGUUAAAACAUCAAAUACACCAUCAGAUACCUGUGAUCUUAUCAGCACAGGAGUCAUCAUUUUAUGGGUGACAUUCCACUGGGGCUCCUGAAUGUUUCUAGGCUUAUUGCUAUUUCACUGCUGGUCACUGGCCUUGGGCAUUGGUGGGUUUAACCCUUGAAUGGAAAUUUGAAAGGGACUAGGUUUGACUCUCUGUCUUCCGAAUCCUGUUCAUGCAACUCUUUUUCUUUCUUCCACAGUCUGAAUGAGGAACCUGUGCCCUGUCUAUUGGCUUCCUUCCUUCCAUAGGCUGGGCUAUCAGCGAAUACACACAGAAUGUCUCUCCCUUAUAACUUUGAACCUCUGCUCUGCAUUGCCUGUAGUAUAUUAUACUUUGAUAAAACACGCUAGACUCUC